ACUGUGUCACCUGUGGUAACAUUGACAAUGAUUCACUAAGAUUACCAUACUUUCUCUGGCUUGGAAUAUCUUGUAACUCGGUAAUUUGUUCAGAAUUCUGAAGCAGCUCAAUCACACAGAUCACAGCAGUCUGAGGAAGAACCAGACAACAAUGGUGAUAAAAAGAGGAAUAAAGAGCAAAGUCCAAAUUCACCUGGAAACAAGGCAAACAGUGGGAAACAACAGGGCAAACAAAGUUCUGAUCCUUCAAAAGAUGGAUAUAUUCAUGUGCGGGCACGAAGAGGCCAGGCCACAAAUAGCCAUAGUCUUGCAGAAAGGGAGAGAAAAAAUUAGUGAAAGGAUGAAGUUUCUUCAAGAUCUUGUACCGGGUUGCAACAAGGUGACUGGGAAGGCAGUUAUGCUUGACGAAAUCAUAAACUACGUACAAUCACUACAACGCCAAGUUGAGUUUUUAUCGAUGAAACUUGCAACUGUGAACCCACAAAUGGACUUUAACCUUGAAGGUCUUCUUGCAAAAGAUGCACUUCAGCUACGAGCUGGUUCUUCAUCUACAACACCAUUCCCCCAAAAUAUGUCAAUGGCUUAUCCUCCUCUACCACAUGGAUUCAUGCAACAGACCCUUUCCAGCAUCGGACGGACCAUAAGUUCACCAUUGUCUCCUAUAAAUGGCGGAUUCAAGCGACAGGAAACAACUGGAUGGGAGGGUGAUUUGCAAAACGUGAUCCACAUUAACUAUGGAGCUGGUGAUGUCACACCCGACCCUCAAGCAGCAGCUACAGCUUCUCUUCCAGCUGCAAAUAUGAAGGCUGAGCCAUGAUUUUUCUUCUUGUUAGAUAGAAUAUGAAAUUAUUGUAAUCUUUCUAUUUAUUUUUAUUUAAAGUUACUAUGUACUAUAUUAUAAUGAUGCUAUUAACGAAUAUGAUACUA